AUGCCUGAACCAGCGAAGUCCGCACCCAAGAAGGGAUCAAAGAAAGCCGUAACAAAGACGGCAGGAAAAGGAGGAAAAAAGCGCAGAAAGACCAGGAGGGAGAGUUAUGCCAUCUACGUGUACAAGGUCCUGAAGCAGGUCCACCCCGACACCGGUAUCUCCUCCAAGGCGAUGGGUAUCAUGAACUCGUUCGUGAACGACAUCUUCGAGCGCAUCGGAGGAGAGGCUUCCCGCUUGGCUCACUACAACAAGAGGUCCACCAUCACCUCCAGGGAGAUCCAGACCGCAGUGCGUCUGCUUCUGCCCGGUGAGUUGGCCAAGCAUGCCGUGUCGGAGGGAACCAAGGCCGUCACCAAGUACACCAGCUCUAAGUAAAGAACUUGAUAUUAUGACCCAA